AGUACAGCAUUAGUCACAACGGCACAAAACAUGGCGGAGUUAAAGAAAGUUGCUUGUGAAGCGAUCGACGGGGUAGCUUCGGAACUAAACAAUAUCAGUCAGGAAUUAUGGAAAAACCCAGAAUUGAACUAUAAGGAGCACCAUGCUCACACAAUACUGACUGAUUUCCUGGAUAAUCAAGGAUUUCACGUGGAGAGGAAGUACAAACUCGACACGGCUUUCCGGGCCACAUUCGGUGACGAUAGCGCGGGUCCACAUGUGGCGGUGUUGUGUGAAUAUGACGCGCUGCCAGAUAUUGGUCACGCAUGUGGACACAACCUGAUAGCAGAACUGGGCGUGGCAGCCGGGGUUGGAAUUAAGGCUGCCAUGGAAACAUCCGGGAAACCUAUCGGCAAGAAACAUAUGACGACUAUUUUACGUUACUAUUCUUUUUUAACAGGAAUAAUAACAAAAGGUGGUGUGAAAGCAAACAUCAUACCAGAAGAAGCUGAACUGCAAUAUUCCAUUCGGGCACCGAACAAGGCGGAGCUUAAUGUGCUGUUGGAAAAGAUGUCUGAUUGUUUCGAAAGUGCAGCAAAAGCAACAGGAUGCAAGGUUGAGUGUAAAUAUUCGGAUGUGCCGUAUCUUAAUUUCAUCGGUAAUAAAGAGCUGGCCUCUACGUUCGAGACAAAUGCAAAGGAAUUAGGGUUAGCGUUUGAUGAAGAUGGAAUGUGUUCGGAAGGAAUUCAAGCGUCCUCGGACAUAGGAAACGUGUCAUACAUCGUUCCCAGUCUCCAUCCAGUGUUCCACAUCGGAACUGACGAGGUCAACCACACUAGGGGCUACGCCGAAGCUACAGGUGCCGCUGCUGCACAGCCAUAUACCCUACGGCAAGGGAAAGCAAUAGCGAUGACAGCCGUCGACGUCUUCAUAAACGAGAAUCUUUUACAAAGAAUCAAAAUUGAAUUCGAAAACGAACCACAAAGAAAGGAUUAACUUGAUGUUGUUGUCAAAAUAUAGACCUAGAAUCCUUGUCGAGCAUGUCUUCAAGCGUUAUAAUACUAAUGUAAAAUAUCCCAAUAUAUCACUUAUCACCAAAAUGGUUCUCCUGUCGCUGAAGAAUCUAUAGGAGGUCUUUAUUCAUACAUGUUUCAUAACUGAUAUGGUACAUGAUACAAUUCGUAGCAUUGUGUUAUUGUUUCUGUUUACACGCAUAUGAUUGGUCGUUUCUGACCUCCAACAAUUCUGAUUGGCCUGUGACUACGGACUGCUUUUACUAUUCUCACUUAAUCAAUUUGUAAAAAAAUGUAUAAUCUACAAAUAAAGUUUUACACCUAAAAUGGAUAAUAAAGUUUUCUUCAUAACGAAAUAUAUUUUGUCGCGUAAUGAUUUACAUAAUUUAGUUGCUCGAAUUUAAAACUCGACAAGUUUACAUUAAUUUUGUAAGUAAAGAAGUUAUGAGAUAAACUUGUUCCCCAACAAAAAAGGACUGGCUGCUUAUCACUGUAAAGCUCGUUUCUUUCCUAAUUUUGAAAAUUUUGAAACUCGUGUUAAAAACAUUAUAAACAACCGUCACUUGUAAGGGAACGUCUACAUGUCUGUAGUACACUCCCAGACAAGCUUGCCUUUAAUAAAUAAAUAGAUGAAUUAUU